AUGUCAAAUGACGAAGAAAAAGAUAUCAGCGUCGCUCCCGUAUAUUUUGAAGAAAGUGGUGAUAAUUCAAUCGAAUUUAUUCGGAAAUGCAAUACAACGAACAAUAUUGAUACAUCAUGGGAUCAAAGCAAUUAUGUUUCAUUUAAAGAAUCUAACGAGAGUCAGCGUGAGAAAACUCCACCAUAUUACAGUAUAAUGAUUGACGCAAGUCCUUCAGACAGUAGGUCAAAUAGUUCUACGCAGACGGAUAUAGUAGGACCAGUUGUUGAAGACGGCUUAAUUGAUGUAAACCUAUCUUUUAGCAAAGAUUUUAAUGCAGUGGAAACUUCAUCCAAUGACAGUGACGAUGUCCUGAGAUCUUUAGGUAGUAAACGGUAUAGACGAGAUUCCUUUGAAGAAAAGACAAAUCCUCCUUGGAAAAAGACGAAAUGUACGGGUUCCAGUACAUCAAGCACAUCAGAUUUGACAGAACCUAAAGCUCAAGACUCUGUUUCAUCAAAUAAAUUGUGUUCUGAAUCAGAUGUUUCUUUUAAAUCCAUCAAUACAAAUUAUUCAUACAAAGUUCGCAAGAGACGAAAAUCUGAUUCAAAUCUUUUUAAGGAUAUGUUACAUCGGUCUAGAAAAAGUAGCAGUUUGGGAAAAUGUAAAUAUUUAGAAAAUAAUACACCAGGUGGAACGCCUAGGAAAGAUAAAUCGCAUAGACGUAGCAAUCGCACCAAAGUGUGGAAUUUUGUGGAUAUUUGCACUUGGAUUGGCAGGAAGGGUUACCAAUCCAUUACUGGUUUGUAUUCAGAUAUUGUUCGUGAACCUAUAACACUGAAGGAGAACAAAGAGAAUAUGCUAAUGGAAGAAGUUAAAGUUCUCAAAAAUAUUAUGGAAGAAAUCGACAGUAAACAAGAGCGUCUGGCACGAGAGAACGAACUACUUAAGGAACAAAUGAAUAACAUGAUGUCCAAAAUGAUCGAACUCGAAAAUAAAUUAAGUCGUCAACCUGUUAUAACACCGUCUGUACCAUCUUGUCCCCCUCCUCCGCCGCCUCCUCCUCCCCCUCCCCCUCCUCCCCCGCCCCCCGCGAGCAAGCCCCUGGCCCGCGCUCACACCAUACCCCGCUGCGGCUCAGCACCACCGAGGAUAGCCGCACCCAGGCUGACCAUCACACCGCAAGAUAUAGCCAACGUAAAGCUAAGAAAGACGAAGGACAAUCCGGUGAGGCCGAAACGAGUUCAAAAGGACACCCAACAACCUUUGGUGACGCAACACAUGCUAGAAGCGACGCGAGCCAGACUCGGCCGCAACAGACCUGUAGCCGCAUCAACGCCUAAACAACAACUAUCAGAAUUAGAGAAGUGUCUAUUACAAGAGUCUUCAGUAACAUCGUUGUACCGUCGUCGUGUGACGCGAGGUACUUUUCGCAGCGCCGAAGAACUACGAGUUCGUCCUUAUCCUACUAGAUGCGCGCGAUCUCCUCACUCGCCUCGUUCCAAUUCCCUCUCCCGAGCUACAACAUCACCCCUAAAGUUUCCACUUAUAUGUCCAAACAAAGAAAAUGCGGAAUGA